GUUAAGGAACCAACCCGUAAUUGGGAACUAGAACGUCACAGCUUCCUUAAUCGUCUUUAUAGAGGAACAAAUAAAGAUUGCAUUGAACAAUUGAGGCUUAGUAAAAAUGCAUUUUUUAACCUUUGUAGAAUUUUACAAGAAAAGGGUGGAUUAGUAAGAACAAGAAAUGUUCCAACAACUGAAGCAGUAGCAAUGUUUUUACAUAUCCUUGCUCACAACCUAAAAUAUAGGGUAGUGCAAUUUAGUUAUUGUAGAUCUAAAGAAACCAUAAGUAGGCAAUUCAAUGAUGUCUUGAGAGCGGUAAUGAAAGUGAGCAAAGACUAUUUGAAUUUUCAACCCUGUACUUUAGAAGGUGCGGAAGCAAACAAGUGGAGAUGGUUUGAGAGAUGUAUUGGAGCACUUGAUGGGACUCAUAUUCCGGUUACAGUUUCUCCUGAUGAGAGACCUAGAUAUCGUAAUAGAAAGGGUGAUGUCUCUACAAAUGUGUUAGCUGCUUGUGGUCUAGAUUUAAGGUUUAUUUAUGUGUUACCUGGGUGGGAAGGGUCUGCAGGAGAUUCUCGAGUAUUACGAGAUGCAUUACGUCGUCAAAACAAACUUGAAAUUCCAACUGGUAAGUAUUUUCUUGUGGAUGCGGGAUAUACCAAUGGUCCGAGAUUUUUAGCACCAUAUCGAGGGACUAGAUAUCAUCUCAAUGAGUGGAUUGGAAACACCCCUCAAAGUUACAAGGAGUUAUUUAAUCUUCGUCAUGCAAGUGCCCGAAAUGCAAUAGAAAGGUCAUUUGGGAUCUUGAAAAAAAGAUGGAGUAUAUUAAGAACUCCUUCAUUUUUUGAUAUAAAGACACAAAUAAGAAUUAUCAAUGCUUGUUUUGUGUUACACAAUUUCAUAAGAGACGAACAACAAACUGAUCAACUUUUAGAAGUUCAAGACUUAGAAUUUUUAUCUGUUGUUGAUGAAGAGUUAGUCCAUCAAUCAAGGGAAGAAGUUCAAAAUAAUGUCAUAGAUGAUAUCACAACUAUUCAAGCUACCGAGGAAUGGACAAGAUUUCGAGAUACAUUAGCUAUGAAUAUGUUUGCUAACUAUAAAGUUAGGAGAAACUUUGCUUAG